AACGAAUUGAUUGGUCAAGAGACACACACGGGGGGGGUCAAGGAAAGAGCAGCAGCAGACACUCUGGGCCUUUGGAAGAGCGUACGGGCAAGGCAAGGGACGCAGGACGGUAUGCCGUCCUCCUCGAGCCGCAAGGCCGGCGAUGGGGCUUCCUCGUCCAAGAGAGCCAGGUCUUCCAAGAGCGGCGGGGAAGGAGGAAGUCUGUCUGCAAUCGAGAAGCGCAUCUGGCAGACGGCCCAAGAGUGUCCCAAUGCCGUAAUCACCUCUGACGAGCUUCCUGAGCUCUUCUCCGACGUCGACCUCACCGAUGUGCUCGUGCCGGCCGUCAACUCGCUUCUCCGCAAGUCUCUCUUGGUGGCCCAGCAGGGAGCCAGCGGGUUGCAGUACAUGGCUGUGUCCAAGGCCGAUGCGAGCAUGAUGGGCAGCAUGGAGGGCGACGAGGGCAUCAUCUACAGGCACAUCAAGCAGUCGGGCAACGAAGGUAUCUGGACGCGGCAGUUGAAGAUGCGGAGCAACCUGCAUCAGACAGUCAUGGCGCGCUGCCUCAAGUCGCUGGAGCAGCGGCAGCUGAUCAAGGUAGUCAAGUCGGUCAAGUUCCCUACCCGCAAGAUCUACAUGCUGUACAAUAUGACACCCUCGGUCGAGUUGUCUGGAGGACCAUGGUAUACCGACAAUGAGCUGGAUACAGUCUUCAUAGAGAGCCUGUGUAGGGCGCUGUACCAGCAUAUUUCCCGCGAGACUUGGCCGCCGCAGCCUCAAGACCGUGACGAGGCAGCCAUGGAAAAGGAGGGCAACCCAACCAGGCUGUUCCCCGCCUCGCACACGCCCGACCUGCCCUCGGCGCAGUCAUGCUUGAAGUGGCUUAGGGACAAAAAGCUGACACCGACGAAGCUGGCGGUCAAGGAUGUCAAGAGCCUGCUCGACACUCUCGUCUGGGACGGCAAAAUCGAAAAGGUGCCAUGCCUGCCCAAUUCCAGCAUCAAGACGAGGCCACGGAAGAAGUCGAGCUCCCGACAUCGGUCCACAUCUCUGUCGGACGACAGCAGGUCAGGAAGCGAGAGCGGGUCUGAGAGUGGGGAUGAGAGUGGGUCAGAGAUUGGAUCAGAGAGCGGGUCAGGCAGUGGCAGCGAUUCGGGAAGCGAGAUGGAAAGCGAGAGCGGCGACGAGGACGAAAAGCGAGGCAGUAGCAAGCGAAAGAGGUCGUCCAACGGCCGGUCCACGUCAGCAUCGCGGAAGAAGAAGCGGUCGUCGAGCAGUAGAAAGUCAAAGUCAUCAUCGAAGAGGAGCAAGAGCCGGGACCGAAGCAGCCGGAGCCGGAGCCGUAGUCGGAGCCGGAGCAAGAGCGUCAGCAAUGGGCGAAGCAAGCGAAAGACGGGAGACAUGUUCAAGGGCGUUGGAGGCGGCUCGAUUGCACUCACAUCCGAUGACGAUGGGAUUGGCUCCGCAGGCGAGGAUGGCGACCUCUCGGCCGAGGAAGACGAGAUGGCGUCGAUGGAUGGCUCGAGUGCCUUUGUCUAUCGGGCCAUCCGUCCCUUUUACGUCAGGCCAGGCUGGACCGAGACGACGUGUGGCCACUGCCCUGUUUUUGACUUUUGCGAGCAGGGCGGGCCCGUCAACGCCGAGCGAUGCGUCUACAUGGGAGAAUGGAUCGUCCGGAGCGCCAGGCUGGACAGAGACCGUGAAGAGGGGGAGGACGAAGAUGAGGACGAUGAAGCAAAGAAGAAGAGCAAGGCCGUCAACGGUGGUGGUUCUGAAGUCACUGCCAAUGGCGCUGAAAAGGGCAAGGACAAGGCUGAGAAGAGCGACGACGGCGAGGACGAGGAGCCGACCGACGACGCUGCUCUCCUGUCUGGCUUUAACAUGCCCGAAGAAGAUUACGACGACGACGAUCAAGACCACUGAGGUGCUUAACAGACACGAACCACUCAAACAAUGUACUUCUAUCAUCAAGCCGUUGAAACCCCC